UUAACCAUUCAUUUUUUACCUCCAGCUUCCAACCCAUGUUCUCGUGGCAAAUACAAGCUCCUCAACACAUACGACCGUCUUGUGGGAAACAAAGAUCAAAGCUCAGUGAAAUGUGAUCAGCGAGAUGUCGCUCUCCCAGGCUGGUUUCGCUUCACUGGUGCAGCUGGGGACAGAAUGCCAACUAAAUGUCCUGAAACAAAACGCUGUGGUACGCAUGCGCCCGGUUGGCUGAAUGGAAAGCACCCGUCUGUCGCAGACGGUAUAGUAAGCCGUGACGUUUGUUAUCACUGGUCAAAAAACUGCUGUCAAUGGAAAAACAAGAUAAAUGUGAAGAAUUGCGGUGCAUUUUAUUUGUAUGAGCUGCAAAAACCACCUGCGUGCUCACUUCGAUACUGCGGUGAGUAUUUAGCUUCCUGGGCUCAAAAUUCGCAUGGAAAGUGAGAUGUUAUGUCAUGAAUAAAAAGCCAAGUAAUGGAACAGUCUUUCACUGAUUCACUUGCGAAGUUACUCUUCUUUCACUUACCUUCUCCUAACUUUAGAGUGAAAUUUGAAUAAAUCAUGGUUACUUUGCAGGAGAGGCCACGGAAUGUUCUGUUGGCGGCUACCAAGAACUUAACCAAGCUGAUCGUGCAAUGGGUAACUCUAACCAAAGUAGGGUUCGGUGCGAUGGAAGAGCUCCUGAUAACAUACUGGUACCAAAGUGGUAUCGUAUGACGGGAGACAGUGGUGACCAGAUUCCAGAGAAAUGUGUACCCAUGAGACGCUGCGGUACUCACGCUCCAGGCUGGCUUAAUGGUAAACAUCCAAGUCUCCGGGAAGGUGUGGUAGCUCGUCAAGUCUGUUAUCAUUGGACAGGCGGAUGUUGUCAAUGGAAACAGAACAUUAAGAUCCGUAAUUGUGGUAAUUUUUAUGUGUACGAGCUGCAGAAACCACCAGCGUGUUCGUUACGUUACUGUGGAAAUAAAGGAGGUAAGAGUUAGUUAUUUCAUCCUCUAUCCAAAGGAAUUACUAAAGAGUAUUUUUUUUGUACAGGCGUUGUUUUGUUGUUGCUUUGCCACUUGAAAACGUUGUAUAAAGUCAACCUUCUCGCAAAGACCCCUCUGCUCAUUGUAGAAAAAAUGUCUGUGUUUUGGUGGUAUAGAAAUGACGUGAAUAACGAUGAUACUCACUUCCGGUUAGAUUAUGUUGGUGUGGCAAACGCGGUGGUCUAAGACUUAGCCUGAUGACCUCAAAUUAAAAAGAUCCGGGUUGGAGGUCAGGCUGUGUGCUCAUAUUGUGUUCCUACGCAAUAUCAAGAUUCCCAUGAUUUUCUCCUGGCGAUAGACUAUACAAAAACGAUGCCCCCUGCUCCCCCCUCCCCCUUCAUCGUGAUUUGCAAAUUGUUCCUGGUGUCUCGGUAAACUUUAGGAAUGGUGGAAAACUACAUGCAAUGGAGUAGAAUCUCAUCCAAGAGGAAUUAGAAUUCUCCUGAUGAAUCUCUUUUGCUUGUUUGUUUUUUCUUCUCAGUAAAAGUAUUAAGGAGAUUUCUGCCUUUGUCUUUAGUUAAUUAUGCGUUCAUAUGAGCGUGAAUAAAAGGAAAUUGGAAAGAAACAGUUCUCAAGCGUAUCAUCACAUUUCCUACGCUUGAAAAAUAAAACAUGCAAGCUGAAGAGGUAUAUUGCUUUUCACUUUGGAAACCAGGAUAAGUUAUGGCAAAGUGAGGCAUGUAGUCCGAGGAAAGACUUACUUUGGGACCUUUAACCUUAGUAGCCAUAAAUAACUUUUGCAUAGUCUAAAGUUUAUGGAAUUUUUUUUCAGAGCUCAUUACGCUGCCACCACCGACUACAGCGCCAAACCCAGGUAACUCAAACAAGCAGCGUUGAAACAUUUUGUUCAAAAAUCUCAGUGGUUUUGUUGAAAUAUAAUGAAAUUCAAGCGCCGCCCUCAGCUGAGGGUUGCUCUCUUAGAUAUGUCCCUAACCAUUGAAUGAAAGUAAACCAGGAAGAGUGAACACCUUUGUUUAAAUUAACCUCACGGAACACUUUUCCCUCCAAAAAUCUUUCGCUCUCUAAUCAUUGCAUUCAAAAGUUUUUCCAAAGUUUAGAGUUCCUCUAGUUUAAGUAUGUCUAAGACAGUCUAAGAUCCCUAGAACAGAUAAACCUGUACGGCUCAUACUCACUAAAAGGUCAUAGCGAGAGGCCACAUGUUUAAGUCUCAUUAAUAUUUUAAAUUAUGUUUGUCUCAGUAUUCAACCCAUGUUCUCGUGGCAAAUACAAGCUCCUCAACACAUACGACCGUCUUGUGGGAAACAAAGAUCAAAACUCAGUGAAGUGUGAUCAGCGAGAUGUCGCUCUCCCGGGCUGGUUUCGCUUCACUGGUGCAGCUGGGGACAGAAUGCCAACUAAAUGUCCUGAAACAAAACGCUGUGGUACGCAUGCGCCCGGUUGGCUGAAUGGAAAGCAUCCGUCUGUCGCAGACGGUAUAGUAAGCCGUGACGUUUGUUAUCACUGGUCAAAAAACUGCUGUCGAUGGAAAAACAAGAUAAAUGUGAAGAAUUGCGGUGCAUUUUAUUUGUACGAGCUGCAAAAACCACCUGUGUGCUCACUUCGAUACUGCGGUGAGUAUUUAGCUUCCUGGGCUCAAAAUUCGCAUGGAAAGUGAGAUGUUAUGUCAUGAAUAAAAAGCCAAGUAAUGGAACAGUCUUUCACUGAUUCACUUGCGAAGUUACUCUUCUUUCACUUACCUUCUCCUAACUUUAGAGUGAAAUUUGAAUAAAUCAUGGUUACUUUGCAGGAGAGGCCACGGAAUGUUCUGUUGGCGGCUACCAAGAACUUAACCAAGCUGAUCGUGCAAUGGGUAACUCUAAUCAAAGCAGGGUUCAGUGCGAUGGAAGAGCUCCAGAUAACAUACUGGUACCAAAGUGGUAUCGUAUGACGGGAGACAGUGGUGACCAGAUUCCAGAGAAAUGUGUACCCAUGAGACGCUGCGGUACUCACGCUCCAGGCUGGCUUAAUGGUAAACAUCCAAGUCUCCGGGAAGGUGUGGUAGCUCGUCAAGUCUGUUAUCAUUGGACACGCGGAUGUUGUCAAUGGAAACAGAACAUUAAGAUCCGUAAUUGUGGUAAUUUUUAUGUGUACGAGCUGCAAAAACCACCAGCGUGUUCGUUACGUUACUGUGGAAAUAAAGGAGGUAAGAGUUAGUUAUUUCAUCCUCUAUCCAAAGGAAUUACUAAAGAGUAUUUUUUUUGUACAGGCGUUGUUUUGUUGUUGCUUUGCCACUUGAAAACGUUAUAUAAAAUCAACCUUCUCGCAAAGACCCCUCUACUCAUUGUAGAAAAAUUGUCUGUGUUUUGGUGGUAUAGAAAUGACGUAAAUAACGAUGAUACUCAUUUCCGGUUAGAUUAUGUUGAUGUGGCAAACGCGGAGGUCUAAGACUAAGCCUGAUGACCUCAAAGUUAAAAGAUCCGGGUUGGAGGUCAGGCUGUGUUUUCAUAUUGUGUUCCUACGCAAUAUCAAGAUUCCCAUGAUUUUCUCCUGGCGAUAGACUAUACAAAUACAAUGCCCCCUUCUCCCCACUCCUCCCCUCCCCCUUCAUCGUGAUUGCAAAUUGUUCCUGGUGUCUCAGUAAACUUUAGAAAUGGUGGAAAACUACAUGCAAUGGAGUAGAAUCUCAUCCAAAGGAAUUAGAAUUCUCCUGAUGAAUCUCUUUUGCUUGUUUGUUUUUUCUUCUCAGUAAAAGUAUUAAGGAGAUUUCUGCCUUUGUAUUUAGUUAAUUAUACGUUCAUAUGCACGUAAAUAAAAGGAAAUUGGAAAGAAACAGUUCUCAAGCGUAUCAUCACAUUUCCUACGCUGGAAAAAUAAAACAUGCAAGCUGAAGAGGUAUAUUGCUCUUCACUUUGGAAACCAGGAUAAGUUAUGGCAAAGUGAGGCAUGUAGUCCGAGGAAAGACUUACUUUGGAAUCUUUAACCUUAGUAGCCAUAAAUAACUUUUGCAUAGUCUAAAGUUUAUGGAAUUUUUUUCAGAGCUCAGUACGCUGCCACCACCGACUACAGCGCCAAACCCAGGUAACUCAAAUAAGCAGCGUUGAAACAUUUUGUUCAAAAAUCUCAGUGGUUUUGUUGUAAUAUAAUGACAUUCAAGCGCCGCCCUCAGCUGAGGGUUGCUCUCUUAGAUAUGUCCCUAACCAUUGAAUGAAAGUAAACCAGGAAGAGUGAACACCUUUGUUUAAAUUAACCUCACGGAACACUUUUCCCUCCAAAAAUCUUUCGCUCUCCAAUCAUUGCAUUCAAAAGUUUUUCCAAAGUUUAGAGUUCCUCUAGUUUAAGUAUGUCUAAGACAGUCUAAGAUCCCUAGAACAGAUAUACCUGUACGGCUCAUACUCACUUAAAGGUCAUAGCGAGAGGCCACAUGUUUAAGUCUCAUUAAUAUUUUAAAUUAUGUUUGUCUCAGUAUUCAACCCAUGUUCUCGUGGCAAAUACAAGCUCCUCAACACAUACGACCGUCUUGUGGGAAACAAAGAUCAAAACUCAGUGAAGUGUGAUCAGCGAGAUGUCGCUCUCCCAGGCUGGUUUCGCUUCACUGGUGCAGCUGGGAACAGAAUGCCAACUAAAUGUCCGGAAACAAAACGCUGUGGUACGCAUGCGCCCGGUUGGCUGAAUGGAAAGCAUCCGUCUGUCGCAGACGGUAUAGUAAGCCGUGACGUUUGUUAUCACUGGUCAAAAAACUGCUGUCGAUGGAAAAACAAGAUAAAUGUGAAGAAUUGCGGUGCAUUUUAUUUGUAUGAGCUGCAAAAACCACCUGCGUGCUCACUUCGAUACUGCGGUGAGUAUUUAGCUUCCUGGGCUCAAAAUUCGCAUGGAAAGUGAGAUGUUAUGUCAUGAAUAAAAAACCAAGUAAUGGAACAGUCUUUCACUGAUUCACUUGCGAAGUUACUCUUCUUUCACUUACCUUCUCCUAACUUUAGAGUGAAAUUUGAAUAAAUCAUGGUUACUUUGCAGGAGAGGCCACGGAAUGUUCUGUUGGCAGCUACCAAGAACUUAACCAAGCUGAUCGUGCAAUGGGUAACUCUAACCAAAGUAGGGUUCAGUGCGAUGGAAGAGCUCCUGAUAACAUACUGGUACCAAAGUGGUAUCGUAUGACGGGAGACAGUGGUGACCAGAUUCCAGAGAAGUGUGUACCCAUGAGACGCUGCGGUACUCACGCUCCAGGCUGGCUUAAUGGUAAACAUCCACGUUUGCAAGAAGGUGUGGUAGCUCGUCAAGUCUGUUAUCACUGGACAGGUGGAUGUUGUCAAUGGAAAAAUAGCGUUAAAAUCCGAAACUGCGGCGACUUCUAUGUGUACGAGCUUCGAAAGCCUCCGGCGUGUUCAUUACGCUAUUGUGGGAACAAAGAAGGUAAGAAUUUUCUUUUUACUUGCCUAAACACAGCAUCAAGGCUUUACUUUUGCUCGUGUGUGAAUUCAAGUCUCUUUAUUCCUUUUUGCAGCGCCUACAACUCAGCCACCAAUCAUAGAACCAACACAGUCACCAGGUAACGUAUCAUCUCGAGCAUUGUUUUAAUGAUCAUGAGUGUCAAAUCUUACCCAGUAUUCCUCUUGUUUCAGCCUCACUCCGCUCUGUGAUUGGUCUGGAAAUUCGCGCCACCCUCUCAGCCAAUCAGACGCAACAAAAAAACAAAACCAAUUUAGACUUUGUCACUCGCGUUUUCCAGAAGGAGUUUGUUUGUUUUUACUACGAAUUUUUAUUGAUUCUUGGUGGUAAUUUCUGAUUGGCCUUUUGGUUUACUUUGCUUUUGAAUUCACGACGUUCAAUAAAAUUGCGUUAUAGAAAGUUCAUGAAAUAGGUAGCCUGCUAUCAUUAACGUCUUCACUAAACCAAAACUGACGUCGAUUUUCUAUUUUUGCACCCGAUCAAAAUUGCAGCCAAGCGUUUCUACCGCCAGUGAAUGUCGUUCUUCAGAUAUUUCCAACUUAAUAUGGAUUUGAAAGCUUCUAAUCUGUUUUCCAAUGAGCGGAAAAGUUUGUACGGAGUUCUAACUGUAUCCCGCCAAGUGUGAAUAGGGCCUUGAAUUCCACCCGACACAUAUAUCCAUUGUUCAAUUUAGAUAAUGGCCUCUUCGUAACUCUUAGUAAUGCUUUUUUUGCUUCUCUUCUAUUCAAUAUCUGAUCUUUCUUCAGGAGUAAAUGUUACUUGUGUUAAAGACGAGAUGUUCAUCAGCAUUUCAAAGAAAUUUCUUCCGGGCAUAAGAGUGGAUCAUCUCCGUCUCAGUGAUAUGAAUUGUGGAGCCACAGAGACCCAAACUCACUUCAUUCUUCGCACAGAACUAAAGGAAUGCCACACAACGAGCAGGGAUACCAAGAAUUCUUUCUGUUACAGAAACAAGGUGUUGAAGAUAUCUGUCGAACACCAACCGAUAAUCACGCGUGUGCGCGAAGUUGAAAUACCCUUCAGCUGUUGCUACUCAAACACUGGAAUCGUUUCCUCUGUUGCUCUUAAAGUCGAAAGUAAAAAGAUCGUUCUCUCCAAAGAUGGAUUUGGAGAAUUUGCUUUAGAAAUGAAGACCUUCCCCGAUAACAGGUAUAUCGACAAUUACAAAAGCGAAGACUUUCCAGUGACUGUACCUUCGGGAAAAAUUCUGUACGUGGAAGUCAACGUGGAUACAGAAGACUUGAAGCUCGAGAUUUUGGCCGAAACAUGUUUUGGCACACCUGAUCCUAAUCCUAUUAAACCUGGAUUAAAAUACUUGUUCAUCAGCGAUGGGUAUGAGAAAGUCGCUUUCUGUUAUUAGUUUUUUACAUGACUUGUACAAGUAGCUCUGGCUCCUUCUUGGUGUAGGAGACACAGGAGAGACAUCAUAAUAGAACACCUAACCUAUUGUUUAUCUCGUUUUUUUCUUUACGUUUUAUUUUGUCCCUUUGUUCUUUACAUGAACUGGGUCUUCUACACCAAGUGAGAGCCGCAUCUCUCUAUUUCUUUUCUCCAUUCUCUCUUCAUCCGAGAAAUUUUCUCUUCCAUCGCACUUUCCUUCCGAGACAUUGGCAGACUGGAUGCCAGGCAAUACUGACCAUUUGUUCCAUAAUCUUUCCCCUACUUGAUUUACUACUUGAUAAUAAAACACUAUUCAAGACGAUACUGAAUUGUUCGAGCGAUAUUUCCGUUGAAAUGAAACAUUUCAAACUCGUGUCUUAUAGAUGGAUACUACAUUCUUAAAAAAACGGUUUUUGGUAAAAUGACUUUGCUCAAUAGGCACUUCAAUAAUUUUUGGUAUUAACGGUGUCCAUGAUUAGGUCAUUACCCUGAGAAUUGUUGUAAUGUAUGUAAAUUGUUGCGAAAAGUUACGACAAUACAAUAACAAAAUUUUCGUGGAAUUUUUGUUUUCAACUCGCCAUGACUGCCCACAGCUGAAAUAGCGAUCUGUGUCAUGCAAUCGCCAAUUAAUUAUCGUGACGUCUCUUACAGUUGUGCUGUAGACGAUACCUUGAAGUUUCUUCCAUCAAAUGACGAAAGAAGUCAGAAGUUUAGCCUGGCGGCGUUCAAGUUCUUGGGUGAUCAUCAGUUUGCGUACUUGCACUGCAAGGUCAAGAUCUGUAACGCAACAGACCCUAAGUCACGCUGCGCAAAGGGCUGUUUGCGUGAAGCGAGAAGGAAGAGAUCGCUGAAUAUUCGGGAGACGAAUGACGAGGAGUAUAUCCUGGCUCAGGGACCAUUCGCGCGUGCAGAAAAUGAUGACGAUGAAACAGAGUCCCACAAGCCAAUGGAGAUCACCGAAGUUCAAAAUAGCGGUAAGCUUACUAUGCUUAAACAAUAUUGAAACUUUGACUUGAAUUGCAAUCGGAUUUUUAUGAGAACGAGUUAUUCUGAAUUGUUGUUAACCACUAUAAGAUGUAACAUGCACGUGUUACUUUUUGUACACUGUGCGUUAUCUAGCAUGAUUAAGGAAGAUUGGUAAAUUUUCAGCCCGGCAAAGAAACAAAGCAAGAUAAAAGAAAAUGUAUCUUUCUUAAUUUCAUUACCACGACGAGACACCACAACUAUUCCCUUUCGAAGUUUAAAAUUUACCAUCUUUCUCGUUCCAUUUAAUUUUGAUACGCUUUCGAUAUUGCUGAUCCUGGCUGUAUGCAGGAUGCGUGUGACAUGUAAAACUAUUGAUAAUCCAGGUCACCGUAGAGGCGCGGAUUCCGAAGGUCUGGGUUCGACUCGUGGAGAAUUACGUUUUCGUGCCGCGCUUGUGAGAUUAGGGACCUCAAGCAGUCAGGACGGCAACGCCAAGGAAAACUUCGAUUAAAAAAUGAAUUUUUUCCUUUAAUUAGAAUUUUACAAAUGGCUGCAUUUGUUUACCGUCUCAUACGGCGCCACACCAACUUCAGGAUAACGUAUAAAAGAAGCGUUAAGUUCCACAUGUGUUUAUUAUCUCUUACGGCGCCAUAAUAAACACAUCCAGUAAUUCGCGAGAUUCCGACUAAAAAUAUAUAUUCAUUUCUAAAUCGACGUCUUCCUUAGCGUUGCCGUCAUAACUGUCAAAGGAUUCUAUUGAUAAGACGGUGCGAAUUUUUCUGGCAAAUACCAACCUAAUGAAGUUCUUUCUCCAUAACAGGUCCAUACAGCACUCUCGUUGCUGCUGCAGUUGUUGUUUCUGUGGUUUUUUGUGUCACUUGUGGGUCGAUCCUCGCCUGGAAGAAGAAAAAGCGCAGUGCUGUUCGCAGUUACCAGCUCUAUACUGUUCCUACUGGAAACUAG